AUGUCUGUAGAAGACCACGAGAUCGCUGGCGCUCAAAUCACAGGCGCUCAAAUCACAGACGAGGAAUACGGUACCGAAGAAAAAGUUUUACAGGAAGAUGUGCCCGAGGAGAAUGUUACCUACCACGACAGUCCUAGCAAGCAGCGAGUGGUGAUCAUUCUGCUUGGAUUAGGGUUAUCUGUUUUUCUUGCAGCACUUGAUAUCACCAUCGUUUCCACCGCUUUACCGAAAAUCGUCGCUCACUUUAAAGCCUCUGAUUCCGCCUACUCAUGGAUCGCAUCGUCCUAUUUGUUGGCCAAUGCCUCAUCUGUAGGGCUAUGGGGAAGGCUGAGCGAUAUCUGGGGACGAAAGCCUAUUCUUAGCACUUCCAUCAUACUUUUCUUAGGCGGAAGUUUAAUCUGUGCACUGGCGAUCAAUGUUAAUAUGUUGAUCGCCGGCCGUGCCUUGCAAGGCGUUGGCAGUGGUGGCAUCACCGUGAUGGCCAAUAUUUGCGUCUCUGACCUGUUUGACGUCCAAAGGCGCUCUGCGUACCUGGGAAUAUUUGGUGCGACGUGGGCUAUUGCCGGCGCCGUCGGACCUAUCAUUGGCGGUGCUUUUACGUCGUAUGUCACUUGGAGAUGGUGCUUCUAUAUUAACUUGCCCGUUGGCGGUGUGGCUUUCUUCUUCCUGUUGUUUUUCCUAAAGAUCGAUACCACGAAGAAGACUCUCGUGGACGGUCUCGCAUCGAUCGACUGGAUCGGUGUAGGUCUCGUCAUUGCCGGAACGAUCAUGCUUCUUCUAGGAUUGGAAUUCGGAGGAGAUCAGUUCGCCUGGUCGUCUGCAACAGUUAUUUGUCUGAUUGUAUUUGGAGUCGUCGCCUUGAUCCUCUUUGGCAUUUAUGAGCGAAUCCCUUCUGCCCCGAUCAUUCCAUUGGCUGUCUUUGACAACUGGCAGAACGUCGCUCUUCUCAUCGUGAAUUUCUGUCAUGGUGCGGUCUUUAUUGGAGGCUGUUUCUACCUCCCCGUUUAUCUUCAAAAUGUGCUCCUGGAAAGCUCCAUCAUGAGUGGUAUUCUUCUCCUGCCUUUGGUCGGUGCACUAGCUAUAUCGUCCGGCUUAGGAGGCUGGUACAUGCGAGCGACUGGACGUUUCCGGGAGGUCAUCAUCUUUGGCAUGUUUUUCACAACCCUUGGAUACGGUCUAUACAUGAACCUGCAACCCUAUGCAUCCUGGACGCGCAUCGUGUUGUAUCAGAUGAUUGUUGGUAUCGGAUUGGGCCCGAACUUCCAAGCAACCCUGAUCGCUCUCCAGGCUAAUGUCAAGACAUCUGAGAUGAGCCAGGCAACCGCUGCCUUUUCACUUGUCCGACAAUUGUCAGCCUCCAUAUCAGUGGUUGUUGGCACGGUGAUUUAUAAUUAUGAAGUCGCCAUGAGAAAGGCCAAGCUGGUUGCGGCUUUGGGAUACACUAUUGGAUCGGAAAUCGUUGCUGCAUCCACUGCCACAUCCAGCAUCACGAAAGUAGUGCCCGUUGAUCAGCGUCAAAUCAUUUUCGACGUUAUCAACAAAGGACUUUCGUAUGUUUGGCUGUUUUAUCUUUGCAUCUCAGCCUUGGGCUUGGUUCUUGCCUGCACAUUACGGAACAUUCACAAACAAUCAUCUUAA